CAGCCCGUUCAGGAAACGACACAUACAGACACACACACACACACACACACACACACACACACACACACACACUCGCACAGCCAGGACGCUUUACUGCAGAGACUCUGGUCAGCCGGCUGAGGAAGAGGACGAUGAUGAAGAGCCUUCACGUUUACAUUGGGAUGGCGGUGAUGUCAGUGCUGGCCUUCACAGCAACAACAGAAACAGCCGGACGAAGUUUAAAAGGGAAGAUGUUCACGUUGUCUCGUGACAGAGGAGGAAUAUCCUUCUUUCCACCCUCUCAUUCUCCGACCUCUUCCCCCUACUACACCACCACCGGGCGCCCCUACUACACCACCACCAGGCGCCCCUACUACACCACCACCCACAAACCCACCCUGCUUCCCUACACCACCAGGCGCCCCUACUACACCACCACCCACAAACCCACCCUGCUUCCCUACACCACCAGGCGCCCCUACUACACCACCACCCGCCCCUACUACACCCCCACCCGUCCCACCACCAGGCGCCCCUACUACACCACCACCAGGCGCCCCUACUACACCACCACCAGGCGCCCCUACUACACCACCACCCACAAACCCACCCUGCUUCCCUACACCACCAGGCGCCCCUACUACACCACCACCCACAAACCCACCCUGCUUCCCUACACCACCAGGCGCCCCUACUACACCACCACCCGCCCCUACUACACCCCCACCCGUCCCACCACCAGGCGCCCCUACUACACCACCACCAGGCGCCCCUACUACACCACCACCCACAAACCCACCCUGCUUCCCUACACCACCAGGCGCCCCUACUACACCACCACCCGCCCCUACUACACCACCACCCGUCCCUGGACCACAGCACCUGUGACUAGAGGUGUGUCGGUGUGCGUGCGUUACCUGGCCGACAGCAUUUCCUCUGUCUUCACACUCAGUUCGUCCACCGGCGCUUUUCUGAAGCUGAGCGUCGAGGGCGAAAGGUGGUACACGCUGAACUUGGACAGAUACGGAUACCGCACCAUGACCUUUAGACCUUACCUGAAGUUCUGGUCCAACAUGGUACCGGACAUCUGGACCAGAGUCUGCGUCACCGUGGACUCCAUGAAGAACGUGGCCCAGGUGUUCAGUGGCUCGGACAUCAGCAUCAGGAAGAUGAUUCCUUAUAAGUAUGAGUGGUCUGGUGUGCCUGUGAUUGAUUUUUCAGGUUUUGAGGGUCAGUUGACAGAUGUCCAGGUUUGGGAUUAUGCUCUCUGCUACAAAGAAGUCUUCAACUACAUGACCAGCGGCAUCUACGCGCCGUACCGUGGCUCCAUCCUCUCCUGGUCCGACAUCAGCUACUCCCCCAGGGGAAAAACACUUUUGGAGGAGACCUAUGAGCGGCAGGCGAGACAGCCAAUCGGCAGCAGCGGAGAGAGGAAGGGGCGUCAUCCAAAGACGUGGGCGUUUUCCAACUUGGUGGAGAGUCAGAACGAACAGUUGUAAUAAAACGCUGUCCUCUGUUCUUCAAUUGAUAAUGAAGAAGUCACAAUAAUCAAUCAUUAAUCAUGAAUGAAAUUCAAACUACUAAUUACUCUUUUUUUAAAUUGAAGUACGAGGCGACCUCAUUGAGAUGAACUCGUCUCAGUAACUAAUUAAAACCCUGUGUGAUUAUUCUUUAAUUUUAACUGACACGUUUAACGUGAGUUUGCUUCCUUCAAUUUCAUGUUAUUUGAAAAACAAUAAAGAAAUGUCUGACAGAAUA